GAGUUUCCGGUGCACCCAGUCGUUUGUAACUUGUGAACUCAUUGAGUUUUGUGGGUGUCGAAAAGUUUUGUUCAUUAAAUUUUGUACUAGGUAAUUUAAAACAGUAACAAUGGCAGAAUUCGUGGAAAAACGAUGCGAGGACAUGAUCCCCGAAUUAGAACAAAUGGAGAGAAUUAAAUUGUUCGAUAAAAUUGAAAUUCGGGGAAUUGCAAAGAAAUUAAAAGAAAAUGAAUAUAAAAUUCAACGGCAUACGAAAACUAAAGAAGACUAUUUACGAUAUAUACAGUACUUAAUGGACCUUCUGAAAUUAAUUAAGCAACGUAGAGACAAAUUUGGUAUUAAUCAAAAGAAAUCAAAUAUUGAUAAUAUUAUUACAAAUAAAAUGAAUCAUUUGUAUAAAGAGGCAAUAUUUAAAUUCCAAGAUGACAUUCGUUUCUGGAUCGCAUAUAUGAAGUUUUGUAAACACGUUCAAUUUCAAAAUAGUGUUAGUCGCAUGUUGGGUAGGAUGUUACAAGUACAUCAAGAUAAACCUAAAUGUUGGCAUAUCGCGGCUCGUUGGGAGCUCGAAGAAAAUAAAAAUAAGCAAACUGCUCGUCAGUUUUUGCUUCGAGGUUUACAUAUACAUCCAACUUCUCAAUUAUUAUUUAUCGAUGCUUUCAAAUUAGAAUUAGAAGAGGCAUCAUUAGAUGAACAAAAACGUGAAAAUAAUGGUGACUCUGUAACACCAAUGAUAACGGAAGAUGAUAUGAGCAUUGGAUCGAAGAGGGCUUACAUUAUAUAUCAACAAGCGUCAAAAUGUAUCAAAGAUAUUAAAUUUAUAAUAGAAUUACUCGAUGCUACAAAGGAACAUACCAAUACAGAAAAACUACAACAUAAAAUAGUUAGCGAUAUGAUACAAGAAUAUGCUCAUGAACCUCUAAUGUGGGACACAAUGGCAAGACGAGAGCUAGAAGGACUUACUCAACCUUCUCUUGACGAUGCAACAAUGGAGAUUGACAAUUUAAAACAGACCUCGUUAAGAGACUGUAUAACGUCUUGUAAUAAAGUGUAUCAAACGGCCCUUAAAAAAAUUAAGACCGAAGAAAUGUGGUCACUGUAUAUAGAGUGUUUAAUAGAAAUUAAUCAGAAAGGAGGGCCUCUACCAAAUUUUAAAAGGAAGUUAUUAAAAACUGCAUUUACGCAAGCACACCAAGCAAAAAAAUUGAAGGAAAAGUCUUAUUUGUAUUGGGUUAACAUGUUAAAUGUUGAGAAAAGGGAUGAAACUACUGAAAAGAAAUUAAAAGAUAUUCUGUGCAUAGCAACGGAAGCUGUACCAACUAGUGUAAGCCUUUGGCAUGCCCGAUUAAGAUACUUAUUAGUUUCAGGGCAAGAAGAUGAAGCUGAAUCUAUUUUUUCAAAGAUAACACAAAUUCUCGGAGAAAAGUCAUUACCUCUAUGGAGAAUGAGGAUAUUGCAUGCACAAGCAAAAAGUCCUGAAAAAACACAAGAAAUAUUUCAAGAAGUAAUACAAGGAUAUCCUAAUAUUGCUCAAGAAAUAAAACCUACUUAUAUUGAAUGGCUGGUUCUAACAAAGAGCAUUCAAGCAGCACGCAAAAUUUAUGAUGAUCUCUGUUUGCAACCACCAUUCUCUAUUGAAUUGCAUAAGAAAAUGACAGAACUAGAACUUAUGCAACCAGAAAUAUCUUUGAAACGUACAAGAAGAUGCCAUGAAAUGUCAACACUACAAUUCGGCAGAAGUAAUACAAGUGUCUGGAUAGAUUACGUCUCCUUUGAAAUGAAACAUGGUGAUCCGAAAAAAGUUGGAGAAUUACAUAGGAGAGCAGUGAAAACUCUAGAACCAGAAUUAACAGAUUCUUUUAUUUCAGAAUACAGUUUAAUUAAAGCAAAUCCAGAUUCUUUAAAUACAGAUAUAUAA